CGGAACGUUGCCUCGGUCAUUUUCCCACAGCCAGGCGAGAGGAGCAGGAUUGAUGCGUUGCUAGCGUUGAACCAGCAGCAGCUCAGACCAGGGUUCUGUUGGUUGGGUCAGAAAAUGGCCCUCACAGCCACUGUAGAGGUUUGGUGGACCUCUACUGAUAUAUUAAAGAGAAGAAGAAGAAAGGAAAUAAUCUCCUCAGGCUGAAUGUCGUCCUGAUGAUUUUCUUGCCAAACGAUGAAGCUGCUGGACUUUCUCCGCUAUAACUGCUCAUCUAACUGGAGUAAUGAUGUGGCAUCAAAGCAGCUGCUGCAGUGAAAACCUUCAGGAGCUAACUCUAGCAAAAAUUAGCUCAACUGCAAUGGCGCGGAGGAAGAUGUCAGAUGUGGAGGCGCUGGAAGAAAUGUUUCGGAGCGAUGUUGAGCUGGAAGACUCUUCUGAUAGCUGGUGGGAUUCGGACGAGGAGGAAGAGCCGGACACAGCUGACAGACUUGAUCUCGGUGAUGUUCAAGUGAAAGCCGAACCAUCAAGCUCAGAUGGAGCUGAACCUCCCCCCACCUCUCAUGAUUCUUCAUCUUCUUUGAGUGGAGAUCGUGCAGGAGAGGCUGAUGAAGACUAUGUUCCACCAGUUCCUUUGAGGUCUUCAGGGCGUGGAAGAGCUCCAGCCCCAAAAAGAACAACAACCACACACAAAAAGGCAAGGAAACGACAGAAAGUCAGCUCCUCAGCGCACCAACAACAAGGCGAGGAUUGUUGGCACACUAGAGAGGAACUUGAUACGGAGCCCGGAUGUCCAUUAUUUACUCCAAAGAAAGACCCAGGACCUCAGAUUGACUCUACAAAAAGUUGGUCACCCCUGAGCUUAUUCAAGCUUUUCUUUAGUGCCUACACCAUUCGGGAAAUAAUCAAAAACACAAAUGAAAAUGCACAGCGUUUACUUGCAGCUGGAAAAAAAUUCAAAUGGUCACCUUUGACAGUGGACGAUUUUUACAAAUUUUUAGCCAUAAUUAUAUUCAGUGGACUGGUACAAGUACCUUCAAAGCCAGACUUCUGGCGAACAAAAUGGCCAUAUAAUUUUCCAUUUCCACGUAGCUGCAUGACCCGUGACAGAUUUGAGUCCAUCCUUUGGUCCCUUCACCUGUCCAACAUCAAAAAAGAUGAAGAAAAUGAGCAAAAAAAGGGAACUCCUCACUAUGAUCGGCUAUUCAAACUGAAACCACUUUAUGACGACAUCAGAGUUGCCUGCAAGACUCAUUUUCAACCAAUGCGAGAAAUAUGCAUUGAUGAACGGAUGGUGGCCAGUAAAGCACGAAUUGACUUUAAGCAAUUUAUGAGGGACAAGCCUACCAGGUUUGGGUAUAAACUGUUUGUUUUGGCUGAUUCCAGGACUGGUUAUACUUGGAAUUUUUUCAUUUACCAGGGGAAGUCUGCUGUUGUUCGGGAAGAAGGUCUCGGCACCACAUCAGUAAUGGACCUCAUGGAUUUUGGACUUUUAGGAAAGGGCUACCAUUUAUAUGUGGACAAUUUCUACAGUAGUCCUUACCUAUUUCAAAAACUGGCUUCAAACAGCACUGCUGCAUGUGGCACCAUCCGGGGAAAUCUUGUGGGAUUCCCCAAAACAACACUGAACAACCUUCUAAGAUCUGCACAGAGGGGAGAGAUGCGGUGGAUCAGAAAAGACGGACUCCUAUUUAUCAAGUGGAAGGACACCAAGGAGGUGACGGUCUGCAGCACCUUCCACAAAUCUUUCAGUGGAGCAACUGUAAAGAGGAGAGUCAAAGAGGCAGGGCACUGGGUAAUGAAAGAUAUUUCCGUUCCUGACUCUGUGAAAGAUUACAAUAAAUUUAUGGGAGGAGUUGAUCUGUCUGAUGCCCUGAUCCAAUACUACUCAGUCAGAAACAAGACAAUGAAGUGGUAUAAGACUUUUUUUUACCAUUUUAUUGACAUUUCUGUUGUAAAUAGUUUCAUUAUGUUCAAAAUGCUUGCAGAAAAAAGAGAGGAAAAGGCCAUUUCCCAACGGCAAUUCAGAGAGAAACUCAUGGAGGAGCUCAUACUGGAGUCCAAAGGAGAAACGGCUUGUCCUCAACCAAGCACAUCAUUUUCGGCUCAACCCGGUGCAUUCAAAUGCCCUGGGUCAGUUCCCAGAUACUUUGGGGGAACAGCAGAGGAAAAGCGAAGGAUUUGUGUGUGGUGCAAGCAGAAUGGCAGUAAGAGAAAAACACCACUGUACUGUCCCAAAUGUAACGUUGCCCUCUGUCUUCAGCCAGACAGAAAUUGCUUUGAGGACUACCACAAAAAGUUGUAGUUUGUGGUUGUGUAGUUUUUUUUUUAUUUUUGAACUUUUUUUUUUUUUUUUUUUUUUUUUGGUGGUGGUGGAUUUUCAAAAUUGUUUAUUUGUUCUUGGAAAUUACUUCAAGAAGUAUUUUUGACUGUUUUACCUUGUUUCAAUAAAAGUUUUCUAUUUGGAGUCAAAGAAA